ACACUUCGGGUUCCUCGGGGAGGAGGGGCUGGAACCCUAGCCCAUCGUCAGGACAAAGAUGCUCAGGCUGCUCUUGGCUCUCAACUUAUUCCCUUCAAUUCAAGUAACAGGAAACAAGAUUUUGGUGAAGCAGUCGCCCAUGCUUGUAGCGUACGACAAUGCGGUCAACCUUAGCUGCAAGUAUUCCUACAAUCUCUUCUCAAGGGAGUUCCGGGCAUCCCUUCAUAAAGGACUGGAUAGUGCUGUGGAAGUCUGUGUUGUGUAUGGGAAUUACUCCCAGCAGCUGCAGGUUUACUCAAAAACGGGGUUCAACUGUGAUGGGAAAUUGGGCAAUGAAUCAGUGACAUUCUACCUCCAGAAUUUGUAUGUUAACCAAACAGAUAUUUACUUCUGCAAAAUUGAAGUCAUGUAUCCUCCUCCUUACCUAGACAAUGAGAAGAGCAAUGGAACCAUUAUCCAUGUGAAAGGGAAACACCUUUGUCCAAGUCCCCUAUUUCCUGGACCUUCUAAGCCCUUUUGGGUGCUGGUGGUGGUUGGUGGAGUCCUGGCUUGCUAUAGCUUGCUAGUAACAGUGGCCUUUAUUAUUUUCUGGGUGAGGAGUAAGAGAAGCAGGCUCCUGCACAGUGACUACAUGAACAUGACUCCCCGCCACCCCGGGCCCACCCGCAAGCAUUACCAGCCCUAUGCCCCACCACGCGACUUCGCAGCCUAUCGCUCCUGACACGGACGCCUAUCCAGAAGCCAGCCGGCUGGCAGCCCCCAUCUGCUCAAUAUCACUGCUCUGGAUAGGAAAUGACCGCCUCAUCUCCAGCCGGCCACCUCAGGCCCCUAUUGGGCCACCAAUGCCAAUUUUUCUCGAGUGACUAGACCAAAUAUCAAGAUCAUUUUGAGACUCUGAAAUGAAGUAAAAGAUAUUUCCUGUGACAGGCCAAGUCUUACAGUGCCAUGGCCCACAUUCCAACUUACCAUGUACUUAUUGACUUGACUGAGAAGUUAGGGUAGAAAACAAAAAGGGAGUGGAUUCUGGGAGCCUCUUUCCUUUCUCACUCACCUGCACAUCUCAGUUAAGCAAAGUGUGGUAUCCACAGACAUUUUAGUUGCAGAAGAAAGGCUAGGAAAUCAUUCCUUUUGGUUAAAUGGGUGUUUAAUCUUUUGGUUAGUGGGUUAAACGGGGUAAGUUAGAGUAGGGGGAGGGAUAGGAAGACAUAUUUAAAAACCAUUAAAACACUGUCUCCCACUCAUGAAAUGAGCCACUUAGUUCCUAUUUAAUGCUGUUUUCCUUUUAGUUUAGAAAUAUGUAGACAUUGUCUUUUAUGAAUUCUGAUCAUAUUUAGUCAUUUUGACCAAAUGAGGGAUUCCCUCAAAGCAAUAUCAGGUAAACCAAGUUGCUUUCCUCACUCCCUGUCAUGAGACUUCAGUGUUAAUGUUCACAAUAUACUUUCGAAAGAAUAAAAUAGUUCUCCUACACAAAGAAAGAAUAUGUCAGGAAAUAAGGUCACUUUAUAUCAAAAUUAUUUGAGUACUAUGGGACCUGGUGCAGUGGCUCAUGCUUGUAAUCCCAGCACUUUGGGAGGCCGAGGUGGGCAGAUCACUUGAGAUCAGGACCAGCCUGGUCAAGAUGGUGAAACUCCAUCUGUACUAAAAAUACAAAAUUUAGCUGGGCCUGGUGGCAGGCACCUGUAAUCCCAGCUGCCGAGGAGGCCGAGGCAUGAGGAUCGCUUGAACCUGGCAGGCGGAGGUUGCAGUGAGCCGAGAUCGUGCCACAGCUCUCCAGCCUGGGCGACAGAGUGAGACUCCGUCUCAAACAACAACAACAACAACAAAACCACAAAAUUAUUUGAGUACUGUGAAGGAUUAUUUGUCUAACAGUUCAUUCCAAUCAGACCAGGUAGGAGGAGCUUUCCUGCUUCAUAUGUUUCAGGGUUGCACAGUUGUUCUCUUUAUUGUCGGUGGGGAGAUCCAAAGUGGGUUGUGGAAAGAGCGUCCAUAGGAGAAGUGAGAAUACUGUGAAAAAGGGAUGUUAGCAUUCAUUAGAGUAUGAGUCCCAAGAAGGUUCUUUGGAAGGAGGACGAAUAGAAUGGAAUGAUGAAAUUCUUGCCAUGUGCUGAGGAGAUAGCCAGCAUUAGGUGACAAUCUUCCAGAAGGUGUCAGGCAGAAGGUGCCCUGGUGAGAGCUCCUUUACAGGGACUUUAUGUGGUUUAGGGCUCAGAGCUCCAAAACUCGGGGCUCAGCUGCUCCUGUACCUUGGAGGUCCAUUCACAUGGGAAAGUAUUUUGGAAUGUGUCUUUUGAAGACAGCAUCAGAGUUCUUAAGGGACUGGGUAAGGCCUGACCCUGAAAUGACCAUGGAUAUUUUUCUACCUACAGUUUGAGUCAACUAGAAUAUGCCUGGGGACCUUGAAGAAUGGCCCUUCAGUGGCCCUCACCAUUUGUUCAUGCUUCAGUUAAUUCAGGUGUUGAAGGAGCUUAGGUUUUAGAGGCACAUAGACUUGGUUCAAGUCUCGUUAGUAGUUGAAUAGCCUCAGGCAAGUCACUGCCCACCUAAGAUGAUGGUUCUUCAACUAUAAAAUGGAGAUAAUGGUCACAAAUGUCUCUUCCUAUAGUAUAAUCUCCAUGAGGGCAUGGCCCAAGUCUGUCUUUGUCUCUGCCUAUCCCUGACAUUUAGUAGCAUGCCUGACAUACAAUGUUAGCUAUUGGUAUUAUUGCCAUAUAGAUAAAUUAUGUAUAAAAAUUAAACUGGGCAAUAGCCUAAGAAGGGGGGAAUAUUGUAACACAUUUAAACCCACUACGCAGGGAUGAGGUGCUAUAAUAUGAGGACCUUUUAACUUCCAUCAUUUUCCUGUUUCUUGAAAUAGUUUAUCUUGUAAUGAAAUAUAGGGCACCUCCCACUUUUAUGUAUAGAAAGAGGUCUUUUAAUUUUUUUUUUUAAUGUGAGAAGGAAGGGAGGAGUAGGAAUUUUGAGAUUCCAGAUAGAAAAUACUGUACUUUGGUUGAUUUUUAAAUGGGCUUCCAUUCCAUGAAUUUAGUCAGUCCCAAGAAGAUCAAACUCAGCAGUACUUGGGUGCUGAAGAACUGUUGGAUUUACCCUGGCACGUGUGCCACUUGCCAGCUUCUUGGGCACACAGAGUUCUUCAAUCCAAGUUAUCAGAUUGUGUUUGAAAAUGACAGAGCUGGAGAGUUUUUCGAAAUGGCAGUGGCAAAUAAAUAAAUACUUUUUUUUUUAAAUGGAAAGACUUGAUCUAUGGUAAUAAAUGAUUUUGUUUUCUGACUGGAAAAGUAGGCCUACUAAAGAUGAAUCACACUUGAGAUGUUUCUUACUCACUCUGCACAGAAACAAAGAAGAAAUGUUAUAUAGGGAAGUCCGUUUUCACUAUUAGUAUGAACCAAGAAAUGGUUCAAAAACAGUGGUAGGAGCAAUGCUUUCAUAGUUUCAGAUAUGGUAGUUAUGAAGAAAACAAUGUCAUUUGCUGCUAUUAUUGUAAGAGUCUUAUAAUUAAUGGUACUCCUGUAAUUUUUUAUUGUGAGCUCACCUAUUUGGGUUAAGCAUGCCAGUUUAAAGAGACCAAGUGUACAUUAUGUUCUAUAUAUUCAGUGAUAAAAUUACUAAACUACUAUAUGUCUGCUUUAAAUUUGUACUUUAAUAUUGUCUUUUGGUAUUAAGAAAGAUAUGCUUUCAGAAUAGAUAUGCUUUGCUUUGGCAAUGAAUUUGGAUAGAACUUGCUAUUUAAAAGAGGUGUGGGGUAAAUCCUUGUAUAAAUCUCCAGUUUAGCCUUUUUUGAAAAAGCUAGACUUUCAAAUACUAAUUUCACUUCAAGCAGGGUACAUUUCUGAUUUGUUUGCCUGACUUCAGUCACAAUUUCUUAUCAGACCAAUGGCUGACCUCUUUGAGAUGUCAGGCUAGGCUUACCUAUGUGUUCUGUGUCAUGUGAGUGCUCAGAAGUUUGAGAGAGAUCCAACUUCAGCCUUGACCCCAUCAGUCCCUCAGGUUAACUAACUAAGCCACCAGUUCUCAUGGCUAUUUUAAUGAGGGUAUUGAUGGUUAAAUGGAUGUCUUAUCCCUUAUCCCAGCCAUUUGCACUGCCAGAUGGGAACUAUACCAGACCUGGAUACUGAUCCCAAAGUGUUAAAUUCAACUACAUGCUGGAGAUUAGAGAUGGUGCCAAUAAUGGACCCAGAACAAGGAUCUUGAUUGCUAUAGACUUAUUAAUAAUCCAGGUCAAAGAGAGUGACAUAGACUCUGUCAAGAGGUGGGGUGAGGGAGUCUGUGUUAUCUGCAAGGCCAUUUGAGGCUCAGAAAGUCUCUCUUUCCUAUAGAUAUAUGCAUACUUUCUGACAUAUAGGAAUGUGUCAGGAAUACUCAACCAUCACAGGCAUGUUCCUACCUCAGGGCUUUUACAUGUCCUGUUUACUCUGUCUAGAAUGUCCUUCUGUAGAUGACCUGGCUUGCCUCGUCACCCUUCAGGUCUUUGCUCAAGUGUCAUCUUCUCCCCUAGUUAAACUCCCCCACACCCUGUCUGCUUUCCUUGCUUAUUUUUCUCCAUAGCAUUUUACCAUCUCUUACAGUAGACAUUUUUCUUAUUUAUUUGUGGUUUAUAAGCUUCAUGAGGCAAGUAACUUUGCUUUGUUUCUUGCUGUAUCUCCAGUGCCCAGAGCAGUGCCUGGUAUAUAAUAAAUAUUUAUUGACUGAGUGAA